AUGCUGGUAAAAUGCGAGACGAAGAGCCAGAGAGUGAAGAGCAUCUCGUUCCACCCGAAGAUCAACCUCAUCCUGGCGGGGCUGCACAAUGGAAUCAUUCAGCUAUGGGACUACCGCAUCGGGAUCCUAAUCGACAAGUUUGAAGAGCACGAGGGGCCAGUGAGGGGCAUAGACUUCCACGCAGUGCAGCCCCUCUUCGUCAGUGGAGCAGACGACUACCUAAUUAAGGUGUGGAACAUGCAUUUGAAGAAAUGCGUGUUUAACUUGGUAGGCCAUCUAGACUACAUCCGGAAGGUGCAGUUUCACCUGACCUACCCGUGGAUUCUAUCCGCCUCAGAUGAUCAGACGAUUAGGAUAUGGAAUUGGCAAAGCAGAGUGUGUAUCGCCAUCCUGACGGGGCAUAACCACUACGUGAUGUGUGCGGAGUUCCACCCCACGCAGGACCUAAUCAUCUCCAGUAGUUUAGAUAAGACCCUCCGCGUGUGGGACAUAAAGCUGCUGCGGGAAAAGAACGUCAUACUGAGGAGCGACAAUGUGAUGAGCGAUUUGCCCUACGGAUUGCCGAAGGGCGUUUACGGCCCGGAUGUGCUGGCCCCCGGUGGAGACAACCUCAUGGGCAUGUACUCCUUCGUGUCGCACAGUCAGCAGUUCCAGCAGCUUCAGCAGCAGCAGCAGCAGCAGAACAGCAAUAACAUGUUCGGCGCGUCGGACGCCAUCUGCAAGUUCGUGCUGGAGGGCCACGAGAAGGGAGUGAACUGCUGCACGUUCCACCACCGCCUGCCCAUCAUUGCCUCCGGGUCCGAUGACAAGCUGGUGAAACUCUGGAGGUACAAUGAAAACAAGUGCUGGGAGCUGGACACCCUGAGGGGCCACUUCAACAACGUCUCCAGUCUGGUUUUCCACCAAACGAAUGAUGAUCUGUUGCUGACCAAUAGUGAAGACAGAACCAUCCGCAUAUGGGACAUUACUAAGCGGGCCUGCAUUCAUACCUUUAGGAGAGAAAAUGAUCGCUUCUGGAUUUUGGCCUUCAAACCGAACUCCAAUUUAAUUGCCUCCGGUCAUGACUCAGGGAUGGUUAUCUUCAAAUUUGAAAAGGAGAAAUGCCCCUUCGACAAAUGGGGGAAUCUCCUCCUAUAUGUGAAGGAGAAACGGAUUUAUUCCUACGAUGUUAGGAGCAACAGACACUCCUGCUUGUGCCCCGUGAGGAAGAAUGGCAACGCGAUGGUGUCGGGCCACCACAAGUUGGUGUACAAUCAGUUCUGCACCACCCACGUGAUGGUUCUUUUUAUGUACAAGGAGGAGGAGCACUUCUCCUUCGACCUGAUCGUUUGCGAUGGGGUUAGCGGUGGAGUCGGUAGCGGCGGAGUCGGCGGCGUCGGCGUCGGCGGUGGCGGUCGCGCGGUGGGCGGAUCACUCUCCAGGGGAGGCGUUCUAGGGAUGACCUCCUCAGCGACCCCCCCUACCUCUGCCGCGCCCCCGUUCGCGGCCUCCGCCUCCGCACUGCACUUCUUCAAACCGUGGGCGAAGGGCGCCAGCGCGAACAGCGCCAGUGUGUCUCCCCAGAAGAGCAUACAAGCAGCUCGAAGCGCAGAAGAGUUCAACCAGGAAAGUGUAAAGUACCUAAUUAAAAACAAACACUGUUGUUCUGUUUCGUUUUACACGAGAAAUAAGUACCUCCUUGUGGAGAAGAGAAGCGGGAACUACCUCCUGAGCAUUCAAAACAUACCAGAGGAUACCACCUCCAAACGAGUGGAGGUCCCCUUCAAAGUGGAAGGAGUGUACCCCCUGAACAACAACAAAGUGGUGAUCCUUUCGGAGAGCAAAAUAUACCUGUACGAUUUAAGUGUAAAAAAAAUUAUAAACGAAAUGAACCACACGGAUACCAUCAUCUCGGUGGAGAUACUGAAGGACCACUACAUCGCCUUUGUAUUUAAAUAUAAUGUCGUUCUGACCACCAUCGAUUUGGUUCACCUGUGUACAGUGCAUGAAUACAUCCGAGUGAAAAGUGGAGUGUGGGACGAGGGGAACAAAAGCGUCUUCAUCUACAACACGCUGAGUCACUUGAAGUUUAUUUUGGUAAAUGGAGAGAAGGGGCUCAUCAAAUGUUUGGAGGACCCCGUGUACCUGUUCAAAGUGCACAACAAGAGACUGUUCUUUAUUACGAGGAAGCAGGAGGUGCUCAGCGAGCCCCUCAACGACACGGAGUAUCUGUUUAAGCUCGCCCUCGCGAACAACGACGAGCGGAGCGCCUACCAUUACUUGGACAUCCAGCAGAAGGGCAGCACCUUCGCGGGUGGUUCCCCUGAUGGGGGGAGGAAAAGGCUCUACUUCAGCUACAACCUGAUCGGGUACAUCAAGAAAAAGGGGUUCGCCAAUUUGGCGGUGCAGAUGGUGAACAAUAACCACACGCUGUUUAACCUCUCCAUUCAGCUGGGCCACCUGCAUAAUGCCCUCCAGGCAGCCAAGAAGAUUAACAAGAAACACAUGUGGAAUCUCCUAAGCGUGCAUGCGCUGCUGCUGGGCAAUUACGACGUGGCAGAAUAUGCCCUGCUGAGGAUGAAGGCCUAUGACAAGCUGUCCUUUCUGUACCUGUUCAGUGGGAACAUAAAGAAACUUAAAAAAAUGCAAAGCAUUGCCAUCAUAAGGGAAGACCUAAUCUCCAUUUUUCUAAACUCCCUAUAUUUGGGAGACAUGCAACAGAGGAUAAACGUGUUCAUUCAGCAGAACCAGGUGAACUUGGCUUUGGCCUGCUCCCAGCUCUAUAACAUCCCCAUCAACCUGUCCGAAAAGCACUUCGAUUUUGACAUCGAUGAGUGCACCUACUGCCCGGAGCAGUCCUUUUACCUCUCCCCCCCCGUGCCGAUUGUGCGAGUUGACCCGAGCUUCCCCCAGAACAGGAGCGCAUCGGUGGAGCGGUCUCCAGAUGAGAAGCACAUAAGCGAAGGGGCACAGGGCGCGCCCCCCCUGAAGGAUAGCCAGUUGAAAGGGGGAAGGCCCGCCGCGUGGAACAGGUCGUACAACUGGCCCGUCGUGAACCUCGAGAAGACGUUCCAGCCCAGCGUCGACCCGAGCGGCUGCGCGCCCCAGGGGCCCAAGAAGAAGGCCGCGCCCAAGCCGGACCAAAGGAGCAACGCGUCGUCCGCGUCCGACGUGUGGAAGGACGAAGUCAACGAUGAGGACAUCAUCAACAUCGACUUGGACCUGGAGGACCACCAACAGCUGCUGAGCAAAAGCACAGCCACGCCUGUUAAGAGUGCCAAAAUUGAGCGGAGAGAAAACCUAUACGAAGUGAUGGCCAAAAAAUACGGCCGAAUUAUGGACCACAUAAGGACGGGGAACAUAACAAACGCUCUGAAUUUAAUUUCAAAAAAAUUUGGCAUCGUAGAUAUGAAGCCAUUAAAAAUAAUUUUAAAAAAUGUAUACAUUUCUACGUAUGCUUAUUUGACCCCCAUUCCGAAUUUCGCUCCGUUGAAAAUUGGCAUUAACAGAAAUGAGGAGGCGGCAAAUGCGAACGUUUAUAUCAAUCAGCACUUCCUUUUCAACCAAAUUAAGAAGGCACACAAGCUAGUCACCUUGGGGAAGUUCUCCACUGCGUUGAGUCUCUUCAGGAGCACUCUGUACCACAUGAUUUUUAUAACCCCAUCGGAUAAGGACACCGAAAUGAAUGAGUACCUUCAUGUUUGCACCAGCUACAUCUUGGCCAUGAGAUUGGAGGAGGAGAGGAACGCCACGGCUGCGGAGGACCCCAGGAGGAGCUUAGAGCUGAUGGCCUAUUUCACCUGCUGCCCGAUGCAGAACUCCCACCUGUACCUAGUCCUCAGGAGGGGCAUGGGCCUCGCCUGGAAGGCGCAGAACUACGUCACGGCUGGAUCGUUCGCCAAACGGCUGAUAAACGGGAACUACGAAAGCAUCAAGGGCUCCGAGGAAGAAAUCGUCAAGGCCAAGAAAAUCCUGCUCAUGUGCGAGCAGAAAAGCACCGAGCAGCACAGCAUUGACUACGACCCGAACGACUACCACAACAUGAAAGUGUGCAGCGUCAGCUUAACGAGGAUCAAGCCGAACGAAGAAACGGUCAGCUGCCCCUUUUGCCAAUCCGUGUCCAAGCGGGAGUACACCUCCAAGAUGUGCCCCAACUGUCUGAUCGCCCAGCUGGGCAAAAAGGCCCUCGGAUUUGACUUCCUAAACAAGAGCGCCUGAUGAAGGUGUUUGGCCCCGAUUGCCUUCCCUCUGCGAAGUGUCAUCUGUGUGGAGAUUUACCAGUCACAUGGGUGGACAGUCGCCAGCUGUGCCGCCCCGCCUCAACAUUGGAGAAGCGUCACAUAAGGGGGGAGGAGAGAAAGAGUACCCCCCAGGGGGAGAGCACAAACCGUUCAUCACCCCCGCUCGAGGGAUGUACACACUUGGAAUGAUUAAUUAAAAACGGGGCGUCCCCGCAACUGGGCAACUCGUCAUCGUAGCUCCCCCACUGCGCACAUGCGUGCACCAUGAGAGGUCACUCAGCUGGCGCGGCUGACGCGGCUCAAAUCGUCACCCAUUUUGCCGUCCAGUCGAUGCUGUGUUUACCGCUUGGCGAAUAACUCCGCCGAGUCGCAUUCCCUU